AUGCAAAGUGGUGGUUCUUCAUCUUCUUCAAGAAAACGAAAGUCAAUAGAGGCUUUUGAUGUUGCUAUUCGGGAUAGAGUACGGAGAGAGUAUUUGGUUAAAGGUCCUUGCCAACCAAUUGGGAAUACAUAUCCGAAAAAGAAAUAUGAUAAAGGUGGUCGAUAUGCAGAAGAUGCUUUUACAAAGACAGGCUUUAACAAUUGGAAAAAUGCACUAGAAAAAUUCAAUCAACAUGUUGGGGCUGCAAAUAGUUGUCACAAUAAUGCUCGAAUUCAGUUUGAAGCUUUUCAAGAUCAAAGGCACAGUGUGGCAAAUGUAUUUCGAGCAAAUACUCGUAAGGCGGAAGUUGCAUAUCGUGUUCGGUUGACUGCUUCAUUGGAUAUGACUUCUCCACGAAUUCAAAAGGAAUUAGCAAAUGCUUGUGCUUCAGAAGUCACACUUGCCAUAGUCAAAGAUAUUGGGGAUAGAGUUUUCACUAUCUUGGUUGAUGAGGCUCGAGAUGUUUCAUUGAAGGAACAAAUGGGUGUUGUUUUAAGAUACGUGAAUAGUGAAGGAUAUGUGAUUGAGCGAUUUCUUGGGAUUGUACAUGUAACUGACACUUGUUCUCAUUCUUUGAAAAAUGCGAUUGAUGCUUUAUUAUCGAAGCAUAAUUUAUCUCUAUCCAGAGUGAGAGGUCAAGGAUACGAUGGAGCUCAAAUAUGCGAGGGUGUUAGAGUUGUGAAGGAUUCUUUUAACUAUAUCUCUAUGAUUGUGAAUAUGGUUGGGGCAUCUUGUAAGAGAAAGGAUCAACUUAGGAAGUUGCAACAUGAAAGAUUAGUUGCACAACUUAAUGAUGAAGAAGUGACUAGUGGAAGAGGUCAAAAUCAAGAAACUACUUUGGUUGUUGAUUUAAUUAUACAAGAGAUGAAUAAUCGGUUUUCUGAAGCUAGCACCGACUUGCUAAAAUGCAUAGCGUGUCUUGAUCCAAGAAAUUCUUUCUCUGAAUUCAAUGAGCAUCAAGUCAUUCAUAUUGCUACUUUAUAUCCCGAGGACUUCUCUACGAGCGAAUGUUUACAUCUUCCACGGCAAGUUAGUAAUUUUAUUGCUAAUGUGCGGUGUGAUCCUCAAUUUGUUGCGCUUAGUGAUUUGGGAAGUUUUGCUACGGCUUCUGUUGAGAGAGCAUUUUCUGCAAUGAAGACUAUCAAGACUGAUUUACGAAAUCGAAUGGGAGACGAGUGGAUGAAUGACAAUCUAGUUGUGUACAUUGAGAAGGAUAUUUUUUCAACAAUUGAUAACGAGCCGAUCCUGCAGCGUUUUCGAUCGAUGAAAACACGUAGAAUUCAGAUGACGCCGCUUUAG